AGAAUACGUAGGACUUAUCAGGUUAGAAUACUGAAUUGAACUAAAUAAAAAGCAAAAAGUAAAGAAAGUGAAAAUUUUGUGUUACGUCUCCAUAUCAUAAAUAUUUAUAAAAAGAGAAAAAGAAAGUGUAUAUUUGUUAGACUAUACUUGAUUUAAUUUAACAAUGUUAUAUUUGUAAUAUAUAAUAUGAAUAAUUAUUUAAUCACUCAAUAGAGAAUACUUGUAUUUUUAUUAUUUCUUGUAUCCUGAUAAACGGAUAAAAUAUUCAUUAAGAAUGGCAGCUUUAAUGAAAAAACGAGUAUUAGCAGAAUUUACACAGAGUCAGGUCAUUAAUGAACCACCAACCAAACGAUUGAAGACUCUAAGACUAUCAUCGACGACUGGUACAAAGAGUUGUACUGAAAGUAGUUCGGCAUUAGCUUACAUAGAAUGCCUUGAAAAAUGCAAAAAUGGAAAUGAUGCUUUACAAUUUCUUGUUCGUAUCUCGGAUGCUAUAGCAUAUAUAGCACCAGAGGAUGUGCCUAUAGCUGUAAGAAAGCUGGCAGAAAGAUUCGCCGUUGAGAACGAAGCUACAAUUAGAGCCAAGAUAUUUUUGGUGUUCGCUGAAUUGGGAGAAGUGACACCCGACAUAAUAGAAAAGGCGAAAAUUGUGAACGAGACAGCUGAACUUCUAAGAAAUGAGGAAUCACACAGAGUAAAAAGUCAAGGAUUGGCAACAUUGCUAAAGUUGGGUGAUUAUCACAGAACUUUAGUAUUGGAAGUUGCACAGGAGCAUCUUCCAGACACAUGGCAUGGUGUUCAAACACGAUGUCUUUCUAUCAUUGGACGUUAUUUAACAGCAAAUACUGCUGAUGAUACUUUAACAUUAAUUGGUAAUUACGCCCGCUCUCAAGAUCCCAGGGUUCGUGCCCAAGCUUUUGAAACCAUGGCAGAACUGCAUUCGCACAGAGGUUGCAGACUGCCAGCGAGUUUCUUCAAAGAAGCUUGUGCGGCUCUACGUGACGAUUAUGAAAUUGUACGUCGGGUUGUUCUGAAACUCAUUUGGCUUUUGGGCAGAGAAUAUCCAGAGAAUAUCGUUAUUGGAUCGGAUGGGGAGGAUAUACGUAUGAUAGACUGUGCUUUUUCGCAAAUUUGCAGUCUUAUGGGUGAUUUGUCGCCUCGUGUAAGAACCUCGGCGAUGUCCCUUUUAGGAACAAUGAAAAGCGUAUCGCGUCGUUACAUAGAACAAGCGUUAGACAAAAAGCAAAAGAUAGUUGAAGCAGACAGACCGGAAGUUGAAGAAAAAAGUGGAUCUUGUGGGGCAUUUAUUCAUGGCUUAGAAGAUGAAUUCUUGGAGGUAAGAACGGCGGCCGUUGAGGCACUCUGCACGCUUUCGUUGGAACAACCGAGUAUAGCUAGAACUGCAUUAGAUUUCAUGGUCGACAUGUUCAACGAUGAGAUUCAGAACGUCAGGCUGAGGGCCAUCGAAUCUUUAAGAAAAAUGUCAGCAAGUGUAACCCUGCAGGAAGAUCAGCUGGAGACAAUCUUGGGUGCACUGGAAGAUUUCUCGGGAGAAGUGAGAGAGGGGUUGCACUCCAUGUUGGCUGCGAGUCAUCUCGCCACCACGAAUUGUCUCUAUAUGUGUGUGAACCGUUUGUUAGAUAACUUAACGCGCUACCCCCAGGACAGAGAAAGCAUUAGGAAUUGCUUGGCAGCGUUGGGCGCGUCGCAUCCAUACCUGACACUACCUUUAGUGCCGCAACUUCUCGGUCGACAUCCCUUCUUCGACACACCCGAGCCAGAUGUGGACGAACCGUCCUAUGCAAGCGUGCUCGUUUUGAUAUUCAACGCGGCGUUGCAUUGCCCAAGCAUGCACGCUCUGUUUACGGAGCACGCUUCCAAGCACUAUCAUUAUUUGCGCGAUACAAUGCCGCAUUUGGUCCCGCGAUUGCGGCCAGCGCUCACGAACGGCUGCGGGAUUAAAACAGAAGACAUGGAUAACGAAGAGAGCCGAGAUCAACGCGGUCGACAAUUUUUAGAGAAGAUGGUGAUUGGAAUCGAGAACGCCAGACCAGGGGGCAGAGUACACACGCAGCUUUUGGAGGCCGCAGCUAUCGAUCUCGAUUGCUUGGCGGAGAUGGAUCAUCACAUGGAAGGUGCAGCGCGCUUCACCGCCUUGUACAUUCGAUGCCUGCUGUUGUUGAAGUCUGUCCUCAAAGAAUUCUCCGUGUCGUCGACGACGUCGAUUUCAGCGAGUCCAGUACCGAACACUAGCAAUAAUGUGUCCAUUCUUCUUCAGCAUACACAAAAGCUGCAACGUUUAUUCAGCGGACUCGGCGAGAACGAGAUGAUUCUGGCUAACGAUAUGUGGUUGAAAGCAUUGGCUAUAGAGUUGGUCAGGAUAACAAAGGGCGCGACUCGUAGCGCGUUACCGUUGGCCCGCCAUUUCCUGUCGGAAGCUGACGCUUUACCUCAAGAUACAUCGAGAUUGCCGCCGUUCUCCAGGGCGCUGGUCCUACAGAUACCGACUCUGCCGGACGUAAAGCCAGGUUCCCUGAUGAGGCUCUUGCUCCCGUUGCUGCUGACGCCGAUGGUGCAGGGAGAGGAACGACUGCCCAGACCGUCGGCGACGACGCGCUUCUGUCGCGCACAAAUCGACGAGCCGAGAAGCGACGCCGACGCAGCAUUGAAAUUCACCGGCGGUCUUUUACUGGGCAUCCCCCUGAAUGCCAAAAUAUUGAAUCUACGCGAUCCCAGUACUCUGCGAAUAAAGCUCAGGCACCCGGAUCAGCAGGUGCAAUUACUGCUACCGCGACAGUCAGACCUACGUAUACAACAAGUCGAACAGAAGGAUUACAGAUUGCGAACGACAGUUCUUCUAUCCCAUCAAGUAUGGAUGGAGCCCUGCAACGUGGAAAUUUCUUUGGCACUACUGGCACCUUCGUCUUCGAUUUGUACGCAUCCUCCCUUAGAUGAUCCGUGCGUGAUUGAUCUGUGUAAACCUACCAAAGUGUCAAUUGCACCAAAAGCCAUCAAAAGAGGUAUAUGAUUGUAUUGUACAAUAAUUACCUUAUAUAGAGUCUAGAUGUAGAUUAUAGAUUAAGAUACAAUAUUUUCCAUAUGAUUUGUUGUUAAUAAAAUAUAUAAUUUAAGUGAAUUUACCGAUUUGUAUCGUCAAAAAGACUUUAUCAAAAUUUUAUUGUACGAGAGAAGUCGAUGGAGCGUUUAUCGGUGGAGCGUGGAAAAUCAACUAUUUGUACAUUUUUGAAUGAAAAUGUUUUAUUAUAAAA